GCCCUGGCGCACCUCUUGCCGGCCCCGGCCAUGUACAGCAUGCUGGAGGCUGAGAUCAAGACGCCGCAGCCCACCCCAGGCAGCGCCGGGGGCAACCCGGCCCCGGGCAGCACAGGCAAAGGCGGCGGCGGCGGCGGGGCCAGCGGCGGAGCCGGGGCCGGCUCGGACCAGGACCGGGUGAAGCGCCCCAUGAACGCCUUCAUGGUGUGGUCGCGGGGCCAGCGGCGGAAGAUGGCCCAGGAGAACCCCAAGAUGCACAACUCGGAGAUCAGCAAGCGCCUCGGGGCCGACUGGAAGCUGCUGAGCGACGCCGAGAAGCGGCCCUUCAUCGACGAGGCCAAGCGGCUGCGGGCCGUGCACAUGAAGGAGUAUCCGGAUUACAAAUACCGGCCCCGACGGAAGACCAAGACCUUGCUGAAGAAGGACAAAUACUCGCUGCCCGGCAACCUGCUGGCCCCCGGGGGGGGCAACGCGGUGAGCAGCCCCGUCGGGGUGGGCCAGAGGAUUGACACGUACGCCCACAUGAACGGCUGGACCAACGGGGCUUACUCCCUGAUGCAAGACCAGCUGGGCUACAGCCAGCACCCGGGCAUGAACAGCCCGCAGCUGCAGCAGAUGCACCGCUACGACAUGACGGGCCUGCAGUACAGCCCCAUGAUGUCCACGGCGCAGACCUACAUGAACGCCGCCUCCACCUACAGCAUGUCCCCCGCCGCCUACGGCCAGCAGCCCUCCACGGCCAUGAGCCUGGGCUCCAUGGGCUCCGUGGUGAAAUCCGAGCCCAGCUCGCCGCCCCCGGCCAUCACCUCCCACUCGCAGAGGGCCUGCCUGGGAGACCUGCGGGAUAUGAUCAGCAUGUACCUGCCCCCGGGGGGGGACGCCACAGACCCUUCGGCCCUGCAGGGCAGCAGGUUACACAGUGUGCACCAGCACUACCAGAGCGCCGGGACUGCCGUCAAUGGCACCGUACCGCUCACCCACAUAUAG